GUCCUCAUCGCUAGAGAUACAGCGGACGGUAGAAUGCUCUGAUCGUGUCGCCGUACCCGGGAAAAUUAGAGGUUGGGAUUGGCGCUGGCUGCGCUGGCUUUCUUGUACGAAUCGGCUGCACCUAGCACUGGCAUAUGUACACCCUGCUUUUCAUCCCCGGCUGAAAAUACAGGUGUUGUUGGUGUUUACCAAAAGCUUUCAAACUAGUGACGCGAUAAACAUUUGACCAUGGAUUACAUGAAGCCAGCUUUAUUAACGGUCAUCAUUUGCACUGUUUUGGGAAUAACGCCAGCUAAAGAAUCGUUUACGUUUUAUUUUGACGGCUCCGACUAUCUAACCUACGCUGUUCCCAAUUCAAGUCCGGACCCAGUUUCUUUCAACUUGAGUUUCCGAGUUUGGCCGGAAAUUAAUGAAGGUGUUUUGUUCUAUUCGUACCGAGCUCCCGGCGAUGCAGUUACUCUGGAAAUCCACGACGAUUCCAUCUAUAAAAGAACAAACUAUGGUUCACCGACCUCAGGGACAGUACGUACGUUGUCUUCUGGGAGUGGGGUAGGAUUACACGAGGACGAGGAAUGGAGGGACAUAUCGAUGAGUAUUAACGACAAUGGGUCGAUGUACGAUGUGAACAAACUGAAAACUUUCUCUCCCAAUCCAACGGCCAUGCCUUUAGGAGACGUGGUUUACAUCGGUGGAUAUGCGGACAAAACAAUAGGAAUCGAGUCAAAGACGUAUUUCAAAGGAUGCAUCGAGGAUUUUGUCUUUAACGGUGUCAAUGUGUUUGAGGAAAUCAGAAACUCUGAUCAGAAAUCUGAUGUAUCGUCGAAGUUUCCUUCGGAAUGUCCGCUUAUCGUCUCGUAUUUGUCAUUUUAUGGGAUGGAUUCUUACCUAAAGAUUCGCUCUGAAGAUGUUCCUGAGGCCAAGUUGAGGUCAAUCUCAUUUGAAUUCAGGACCUUUGACUUCAACGCCUCGUUGGUGUUGAUGGAUUUGGGAGCCACAAAUGUAUCGGUUGAAUUUAAAGAAAACAGCACCAUUGUCUUCCGAACAUUUAGCUUUGGAUUUGGUUUCGACAAUACCUAUCCCUUAGGUUUUGAUCUGGGUGAUGGGGAGUACCAUAAACUGGAGGUCCGGAUCAGUAAUGACGGACUCAGCGUUAUAGUUGAUGACUUCCAGAAGUCAGACGCCGACAUGAAGGCCCCCAGGGGUUCCGAUAUUCAGGCCUACGUUCUGGCUGGGUUCCCUGGACGUACUGGAUACAAGGGAUGUAUGCGAGAGCUGCGGGUCAAUCGUAACCGGGUCAAAGUCUCCGGUCUUCCUGAGGAGAAUUUAGAGAACAUUACAACAGGUCGCUGUGACCUGAUUGACAGGUGUUACAUGCCUCGCAAACGGUGUGCACACGGUGGAAAGUGUAUCCGAUACAGGGAGGAUUUCUCUUGUGACUGCCAGGGGACAGGCUAUAAAGGACCUUCCUGUGUCACACCUAUGUAUCCGUCUUCGUGCAGUGACGUGGACAUCCCAGAUCACGCUGGUCGAAUCACAGCUCAUAUUGACGUAGAUGGAGCCGGACCAUUGCGACCUGCUAAGGUUCUUUGUACUAAAGACAAGGGCACCGGCGUCAUUAAGACUCUCCUUACCAGCAACGCUGCUAUGGCGGCGAUCCCCGUGGAUGGAUUCCAGAAACCUGGGUCAUACCAAUACAAUAUAACCUACGGUCCAGAAACGGACCUGGACGUUGCUGUGGGUGUUAUAGACCGCGCCAAGACCUGUAGACAGUACGUCAAAUACACCUGUAAUCAGGCCCGGCUGAUGGCCUCACCCGAGGGCUCCUCUGUGCCAUUCGGCUGGUGGGUGGGCAGGGAGGGGACCCCUCACUAUUACUGGGGUGAGGCGGACCCGGGAUCAAGGACCUGUUCCUGUGGUGCUGUUGAUGGAGGUUGCCUGGGUGGAUUGCCAUGUAAUUGUGACGCACAGGAAGCUUAUGAAGUCUCUGAUGACGGUUACUUAACCAACAAAACCCACCUCCCUGUCACGCAAGUCCGGUUUGGAGACACCGGAACCUCACAGGACACCAAAUUUGCCUCGUACCUUGUCGGGGACGUGGAAUGUAGUGGUGAUGCUGUGCUAGAAAAGACGGUUACUAUCCAGAAGCUUGGUGCAUUCAUCAAUGUAUCCAGGUAUUUAAGUAGUGCACCUCUGGACAUCAGCUUUGAGUUCAAGACGACCAUUCAGAAAGCUCAGCUGAUGUAUGCUGUCGGCAGUGGUGAUUAUCUAUCCAUCGUAAUGGAAGAUGAGUUCCGCAUUUCCGUGAAGAUGAAGUUUACCGGUGGAGUGAUUAACCAUACUGAAAAAGUCCAACGCCGACUUAACGACGAUGAAUGGCACAGGGUAUACCUGGAGAUGACUCACAUGCACGUGCUGUUGUCUGUGGACGGCCGCUCCACUACUCUGUGGCAGUCCAAGAAGUGGAGAUUUCAUAUGUACCUCUCUACUGGACGUCCAUUCAUGAUUGGCGGAAAUAGUAACGGCACAUUCGGGUUUGUGGGAUGUUUCCGCGGCCUUGUUGUAAAGGGCAAGCAUAUCGACCUGGUAAACAUCGUGGAACAGGACAAACCCUUCGGUGUAGUUACAGGUUGCGUGGGUCAAUGUGGUCACAUGUCCCUUUGCCAGAACGCCGGGACCUGCAAAGAGUACUACGCUACAUAUAUGUGUGACUGCGCCGAAUCAGCUUUCAACGGAUGCUACUGCGGCAACGCCAUUGGCGUCCGUUUCAACGUUGGCUCUUGGAUGAAGUUAGAAGUGCAAAGAAUUCGUCAAUCGCCCUUCGAGUUCCUUCAGUUGCACUUCAAGUCCACCAAGCGUCAGGGAGUGUUGGCCUACAUGUCCAACCCGCAGGGAAAGGCUAUACUUACCAUCGAGCUCAAUUUAAGAGGUGGUGUUGACAUAUCCUACGACUCCGGCAAUAGUCAGUGGGGGCUGUUCACCUCUGUGGAUGGGUUAGCCGACGGUACUCCACACCGGGUGACGGUACGUGUGACCGGAAGCGCCAGAGGUAGACGCAGCACGUGGGAUGUAGAGUUUGAUGACGAUGUACAGACAGCUGAGUCAGCAGAAUCUGAGUACAUUCCAGAUAAGCUUUAUUUAGCUAGCAAAAGUGCGUCGUCAGCUUUUGCCGGGUUUGACGGGUGUAUAUUUGGUCUGCGUUACAACGGCCUUCCUUUGUUAAAGUAUGCGAAGACAUAUCCUCCAUCAUUGGUAUCGUACAGCAAAAACGUGAACUUGAACAAUGAAGACUGUGGGGAGACAGAGAACACUCAGCCCAUGCCCUCAAGUGACCCUGAAGCUCCUACAGCAGAUAACUCAAGAAGACCUGUGAUGAUCAACAGCUUCAAGUCGGAAUCGUUAGACGAGAAACCGUCCGCAAUAGUGGUGUCACAUUUCAUGAACCUUGUCUGUAGAAGUUUGGGAUACCCAGAACCUAGGUACGUUAUUCGCCAGAACGGUGAGCACAUGAUGUGCCCCCAUCUUGUGGUGGACAGGAACACACUACUGCUGCCGCCUGACCCGCGAGUAGAUGGAGACUACCAAUGUGUGGCCAUCAAUGACUGGGGGAAAUCCCUGUCCGAUCAUAUCUCCGUCGGAACGCCCAAGCUCUUGGAAGUCUCGUCUGUGAUCGAGGAGUCGCUUUUCAUAAGAGAGGGACAGUACUUAAGACUGAGAUGUAAUGUGAGCGUGGACAGUGUGCCCGAGGCCAGCACUGAGUGGUCAGAAGGGGUGGAUCUAGAGAACAACAUGGCGACCAGGUUUUACCAGGGGGUCGAUGGUGAUCUUCACUUCGUCUGGGUUCUUCCAGUUGAUUCUCGGGUGUUCACCUGCAACAAAGCUAACCAUUUGAUAGGUCGGGUAGAAACUGUUAAACGCAUCCAAGUACAAGUUAAUCCUGUCAGUGAUCCCACAGAGUAUACCUCCAAACCAAGCGAACUGGUGUACUCUUCCCCGUCUCCGAUGUUUGCCGAUUUGGGGGAUUCCGUUACUCUUGAGUGCUUGGUAACAGGAGACCCAGCACCGACAGUGUCCUGGUUAUUUGACGGUAACACCACUGAGAACACAACCUUCAUAUCUCAGCUACGCGGACGACGGUUGUUUCUUCCAAAGUUCACAACAAAAGAAGAAGGAGAGUACCAGUGCUUGGUUGAUGGCGUCACAAUGGCUUCCAUAAUGCUGAACAAGACACUUAGACCUACCUGGUUGAAUGGCCCUAAACCUACGUCAGUGUACCAAGACCAAGAUGCGGAACUGCCAUGCGUGACAAACCCCCUCCCUGAAGAUGCUGCCGUCAACACGGAAUGGUUCAUCAACGGAGAACCCCUAGAACUGAAACCCACCUACUCCCUGAAUGAGAACGGGGAUGUUUUGACGAUAAAUAAAGCCUCCAAACUGAACGACAUUAUCACAUAUCAGUGUAAUGUAUCCAAUCAGUACGGAUUUGUUUACGGCGAAGGAUACCUCAAUGUACACUUGGGCACAACGAUUGUGGGAAUCACCAACUGAUCAGACCAUUUCAGAUGACAGACACUGGGCCUCAUUCCAAGUUAGAGUAUCAGCUGAUCCGGGAUCCGACAUAACUUUCACGUGGUACCAUGGCGACAGCGAGACCAGCAUCAUUGACAGUGACGUAUACACCGUGACGUCAGAGGCUUCUAGGAGUCAGCUGGUGGUUGAUCUGACGAAUCUGAACAAAGACAGGGAAGGUGGGAAGUACGCUGGGGUAUACCGAUGUGUGGUGUUUGAUGAGGUCAUUCAACAAACUGUCUCGGCGGAAUUAAAAAUAGCAUCAAGCUCGACCUCAGCUUCAGGGGUAACUGGAAAUUCUUAUACUGUUAAAGGCAGCCCUGUUCUGACCACAAUCGCCACCCUGAUGUCAAUCGUUAUUGGAGAAGCCCUGUUUAGCAAAACCUUAGCGAGGUUCAAAUAUUCAUAGCUGUAAAAAAUUAAUAUAUUAUUUUAUAUUUUACUCUGUGUUGUUUAUUUCUUUCCGUGGGAAAACUUGGGCGGGUAACUUUGUACAGUAUAUAUCUAAUGGUGUCUUUAUGUGUUUGUGUUUCUUGUGUAACUGCUUAAUUGCCUUUAGGACAAUGUUUACAUUACGUGUGUGAUCACAAAGUUACAAAUAUAGAAAAUAAAAACAAUGGAAAAAGUCGGAGCUAAUAUCAAGGUUGGUGUCUGAAUACCCAUGUAAGUAGGAACUUUUACACACAGGGAAUGUAUAUAUAUAUAUAUAUAUAGGCUGCACGCAGAGGCAUGGCUACAGUGCCUACUUGUCUCUUUGCGGCUCACUUGGUUUUGUGGACAACAUUUAAUGCCAUUUGGGCGUAGAAAUCUAAUGACGGUGAUGAUUACUGGACAAACCGUUAUCUGUAUUACUUCACUGUAUUAGGCUUGUGACAAUGGGAGAAAAUCGUGACUCCGAUAGCAUGUAUAUAUACCUACCUGGUUAGCAAAGACUCUUGUCCCAAGCAUCAUUGUAUAUAUUAUGUUACCUUAGAUCCCUUUACCGUUGUUUUACUAACUGUUUAUUUUGUUAGGCAAUGAGUUAUACCUUAAUAAGUGCGAAUGUAUUGUGUUAAUUCAAAGGCAGCAAGUGUUUCGUUCUAUUGAUGUUUUUAACAUGCAUAAUUUAACACUGCUUAUAAAGGAGUUCUGCUGUUAAAUAUAAUUUUAGGGACCUCGAGGUGGUUACCCUACAAGCGCGGGGUAAUGACCCAGAAGUCUCUCACCAAUGGUGUCAUCAAUCUCAUGCUAGCUUCCUGUCCGGCCAUACGUGAGAAGGUCUUGCAUUGACCUACUGAUGGUUGUGAGUUUCCCUCGGGGUCUGCCCGGUUUCCUCCUACCAUAAUGCUGGCCGGCGUCGUAUAAGUGAAAUAUUCUUGAGUCUGGCAUUAAACACCAAUCAGUCAGAUCAAUAUAAUUUCCUCAUGCUUCCUGGUCAGUAUUAUCAUCUGUCAGCAAGGUUGGUACAUUCACUUGGCAUGAAGUUUGUAACAAAUGUAUCAAUUAUAUAUAUGUAUUUACUACAGUUUGACAGAUGUUCUAGUAUACAUUAUUAAGGAAAACUGAACAUCUUAUGCAAUGAAUAUAAGGAUGAUGUCUUUGACAAAACCCAGAUUUGCCACAAGCCUCAUAAUAUUCUGCUUAAGCCUUAUUGAUUCAGUUGUAUGAUUCAUGUAGGCCUAGUUUGAGUUUGUUAGUUACCUUGUGUGUGGAGUGUAUUUAAUGGAUUUUUGUGAUUUGAUAAAACAUGCUGUUGGCAUGGUAGGUUUGCAAACAAAUACAGUUAGCAAUAGCGUUGUGUGUUUAUUCGUAUUUGCAGUCUACUGUUAUAAUAGUCUAUUAUAACCGAUUCCCGUCUUCAGAAUGGCUAUACAUACCUCUGCAGUUUUUAUGUAUGAUAAUGUUGCAAAUAAAGA